UUGACAGUUUUACACGAUGCAUAAGGGCUAGCCAACAAAAUCGUAUUUAGUGAAGAGUCUACACGUCUAAUUUAGAAAACCUGUCUAAAAACCAAGGUUAAACCAUCUUUAAAUCAGUAUAUUCAAGUGAACGUGCACACUUUCACCCUUUCUCUUGCAGAGUGCACAACUUGUUUUGAUUUCUGUUUGUUUUUGUUUUGAAUUUUGUAGUUUUGUGCUCCGCCUGCUGCGACUGCAACUGUGGCGUUUGUUUUUUUAUUCGCGAGUGCAGAGCAGAAAUAAAAUUUAUUAAUGAUUUCGUGAGAGUUACACGUAUCAAAAUUUAAUGAUUUGGAUAGUGUGAGGAGCCCCGAGGAGCUGUCCUCAAAGUGGGUGGAGAUCUCUUGUUCUCUUGGCAAAGGCGUCUCGUAAAUUUCUGGAAGAGUAAGUUCGGUGUUUUUCUUUCACUAGACGUGGCCUUGUGGGCCUUUGAUCGGAGUAAUGGAAGAGAUUGGAAGCGGUUUUUGGUCUGUCAAGCUGUCCUGCGCCACCGGGUAGAGUCGCCAACUUGUUGCGCAUAACCUAGAAAAUGCAGUCUAGAACUGUGCGCAGAACGCCAGCUUCUGUAAAUUGCUUCGCCACUGGUGUCCAAGUGGGGACCUUACCGGAACUCUCAACGAAUAACACGCAACCCUCCCAGUAGCUGCAAUUGAUGGCCAUUCCGUUCUGUUUCCGAUUGAGACGCGCCUUUUCUCUUUCCAUGCCAUGUUGAUUGACCGAGCGCUGUCGUGGUUGACUCCACAUCGGAAUAUAACUCGCUGGACACGAAUAAGGUUGUCGUCAACACAUGUGGGUGACACCGCGCGAGGAGCAGGCGGAAUCGAUCAUACAGGUGGGUGACUUUUCUGUUAAGACAAAACGACCGACUCGCAUCACGCCUUUCCCAUUGUCGUGCUGUCCGAGUGCUUCAGCGAAUUAAAAAUCUUCAUCGCCAACAGGUACGACACCAAUCUGAUCUUCCUGUCAUGCGUGCAGGAACCGUAACAACGCCGUGUACGACAUCAGCUCAACGGCAACGAGUGCGCGUACAGGUGAGUUUCGAUUUGAGAAGUAAACAAUUUCGAAAUUAGCGAUCUUUCAGUUUCCAGACACUUAGUGGAAGUUUUGGCCUCGCUUUUGAUCUUGAAGGAACAGCAUGUAGACACGUUGCGUUGCCUUCGCUCGUAUCGUCACCACCAUUAGUCCCGUCUUUGUCAAUACUACUUCUGCGGCCUUGAAGAGUUUCGGCUCUGGUGCGCAGUCUGGUCGUCAUCUACUGCCAGGGCAACGAACACCUAAUCCGCUGCUGCUGCCUAUAGGCCACCUGGUGGACAUUGGCCAGCAGGUGCUGUACAAGAAGAUACAAAACACUGGCGAGUUUUAGGUUGUGCGCAGCUACGCCGAGAGUCCGAAUUGAGCUUCCGCCGCAAGAGAAGUGGUUGCGCAUGCUUCUGAUUCACGAACUGUACGUGUCCUACAACAACCCUAACCUGAAGAUCUGCGUUCUCCUCGUCGAGCUUGACACCAGCUACUGGAGCGGUCAAAGCGUUGGCGUGACAAGAUGUGCUUCCAGACCGCGCGAUUCCACUGACAAUAUCGAACCGGUGCACGAUUUCGAGAAGCGAAAUCUAUCUGCGUGAGAAUAGAUCGAGUUCGACGAAUGGACCAUGACAUCCCGAUUGCUGAAGAUGACCCGCAGCCAGAUCAUUACCCGCAAAAUUCGAGCAUGAAAAAGAUCAGGACAACCUCCAAAACAGAAAAGUACACUUCUUAUAGUUAGGUAAGAAAAUCCCGUAUUGCCAAAAUCACCAUCUGCCAGGCAGUAAGUUUAUGUUUAUGUAAUAUGUUGUACUAGUAGUUGUAUUUAGUUUCUAUAAGGAAUGGGAAAAUCAUAAGCCCCAAUUAUCCUCUUUUGUAUGAACGUGUUCUUUCCAUUCAAACUUUCGGCAAUGGUAUUUGUUCAUUCAAAUCAUUAUUCGUUUCAAUGCUCAGUUGAAUCUGGUUUCUGGUGUAACUUUCAAACACUUUCUUUGCUAAGCAGGUCUACUUUUGAGAUUUUGUUAUGAUCAAAUUCUAAAUAGCUCAAAUCAAAUCCAAAAGUAUGUCACCACAAGCAACAGUUUACGAAAACGUUUGAAAUUUACAUCGGAUUCUAGAUUCAGCGGAGCAAAAAUUUUUUUUUGCUUUUGGUAAAUUUACGUUAUUUUCAUCGGAAAUUUACACGAUUUCGAAAAAAAAUUGCCUAGGCUCAUUUACAUUGGAUGAAAUGUAAAUUUCCAAUGAAAAUGUUGUAAAUUCGCAUCAUUAAUGACGUGCACUUUUGGUACAUCAUAAAUGAUGUAAAUUUACCCGAAUUAUGUUUUCUGUGCACUCUACCAGCCAACCUCCGACCCAUCACUCUUGUGAGUUGCGUAGGUAAGACGCUGGAACGAAUGGUGAACCGGCGGCAGAUCCAGCUGCUUGAAACCAAGGGCGUGCUCGGUGCACGACAACAUGGGUUCCGCUCCGGCCACGGAGUCGACACCUACCUGGCGGAUCUGGAAGAGGACAUCAACGCGGCCAUCCAAGAGGGGAAACACACGGAGUUUGCCCUCCUUGACUUGGCAAAGGCCUACGACACCGCCUGGCGUACCCCCAUCGUGGCGAACCUCGCCAAGUGGGGUAUCGGCGGUAACAUGGGCCUGUACAUCGAGGACUUCUUAACAAACCGAACGUUCAGGGUUAUCGUUGGCGGUGUCCUUUCCACUUUGAGAGUCCUGGAGAACGGUGUCCCGCAGGGGACGAUAAUAGCAGUAACGGCCUUCCUCAUCCGCAUGACGGAAGUGGAAGCCUUCGUCCCGGCAGGAAUCGAAAUGAAGAUGUACGCCGACGACAUCCUACUUUUCGCCUCAGGGAAGAAAGCUGGAGACGUCCGCAAGAAGCUACAGAAGGCAGUCAAGGCAGUGGAGACGUGGACAACGCUAUACGGCUUCCAGCUGUCAGCGGCCAAGUCACAGCUUCUCCAUGUUUGCCGGAAGAAUCGACAUCUGGACCUCCCUGGCGUCACCACCGACGACGGGCCAAUGGAAACCGUGAAGAACGCAAAGCUGCUCGGUAUCUCGUUGGACAGCAGAUUCCGCCUAUGGAAGCAUAUUGAGGCCACGAAGAGGAACUUGGCGAGGAGCAACCGAAUCCUAGCCGUUCUCGGCGGACACCUUGCCGCCGGUGCGCGGACCACAAUGCUGAUGGCGCAACGAGCUAUUGUCCAGUCACGGCUGUUUUUCGGCUGGGGGUUGGUCAGUAACGCGAGCGAAUCAAGGAGGAACCGCCUGGAGGCGUGCUACAACGCCGGUAUACGUUCAGCAUCCGGAGCCUUUAAAUCCAGCCCGAUCCUCGCCAUCAUGGCGGAAGCGGGCGAGCUACCCUUCCGUUACCAAGAAUCCUUGACCCUGAUCAACAAAGGAACGCAAAUCCAAGCCCUGGCGGAACCAGGUGUUGAACGCGCUGUGUUUGCCCGAGCUCAAGCGAGGUUUGGUGAGCUAACAAACCACGAACUUCCCGACGUUGCCAGAGUUCUCCGAACCUCUGACCGCGCCUGGAACGAACCAACACCGAGGAUCGACUGGAGAAUGCACGAACUUGUUCGCGCUGGGGACAGCCACACCAAAGUGGCGGCCGCAUUCUGCGAAAUCGCUCAAAGCUACCAAGUGCACCGAAGGAUCUUCACCGACGGCUCGUUGAAGGACGGGAUAGUGGGAGCCGGCGUCGUUGACGGCGCCACGCAGACCGCUUUCCGCCUUCCGGAACAAUGUUCGGUGUUUUCUUCGGAAGCGCUGGCGAUCGUGAAGAGCCUGGAGAACACGCCCGAUGACGGAAGCCGACUCGCCAUAUUUUCGGACUCUCUCAGCGUCCUAACAUCAGUGAAGAGUGGCAGCUCAAAACACCCAUGGGUACAACAAAUUGAAAAGCUGAUGAACAAACGUGAAGUCACCCUCGUCUGGAUCCCGGGCCACACCGGCAUUGCCGGUAACGACCUGGCGGACGAGGCGGCGAAAAGAGCAAACGAGCUGGAACCAGUCGACUUUCCUGUGCCCCGACAGGAUCUACUGCUCUGGGCGCAUGGAAAAAUCAAAGCCGCCUGGGACAGGGAGUGGUUUGGUCACAGAGAAGUCUUUCUCCGCCGGAUCAAGCCCACAACCGUCGCAGGCAAAGACCGUAGCGACCAGGAGGAACAAAGAGCGCUUACGAGACUGCGCAUUGGCCACACGCGGCUGACGCACGGCGACUCGUUCAAGACCGGUGGUAAAAACUGCGCAACAUGCGGCGUUCCGCUCACGGUGGCCCACAUCCUGUUGGACUGCCUGCAGUAUGCUGCCGAACGAGCAAAAUUUGAGCUCGACCCCAAUCUUGGAGUUGUGCUCGCGAACGAUGCAGACGAAGAAAACAAGCUACUCGGUUUCCUUCGAGAGACUGGCCUCUUCAAGGAAAUGUGAGAACAACGAAGCAUCCAUUAGGGGUCUGGGUGACCCGGGGGCACCCCUAACCACAAGUCAUCCUAACAAGCCCCUAACUGGAAGGAAACGCACAAACCCCCCUGUUCCCUCGGACACCAUCGAACGACCACGAAGCACCCAUUAGGGGUCUGGGAGACCCGGGGGCACCCCUAACCACAAGUCAUCCCGAGGCGUGGAAUAGGGACAACCUCCCGGGCUCCCAGCCCCUAACUGGUAGAGGACGCACAAAGGGGGAUUAAAACCCCCCUGUUCCCUUGGACGAAACGCAAGCAGCAAGGCCCAUUAGGCCCAGCGCUGGAGGUGCUGCCACGAACCUUCAUCGAGCACCGAAACAACACAGAGCGUAUGCGAACAACCGACGAGCGACGAGCGGACGGACUACCGACAGGAAGAAUAGCUAGCGAACCAAUUUUAGGUUAUCAAAUUGAAUAUGUGAUUUAGAAAUGUACAUCAGAAGGGGCAGCGAAUGACCGAAAGGUUAAAACUGCCGGAAAUAAAUCAAUUAACAACAACAAUCGUCCUCCCGUCCUCCGACAGACACGGUCCAGAGUAGACGUGCGGGUGCUUUACUCUGCAAGUUUGUCGAGAAAUAAGAAGAAGAAGUUUGGUGCGAGAGUUUAUCGCGUUUUCGCGAGUGGAUUCCUGCGUUUCGGUUCCGGAAAAAUGUGCAUCGGAUAAAACCCGGAUUGUGCUCCGCCGAGACCACGCCGGGAGUGGCACCGGAGACGCGGCAGCGGCGGAAUCGUCGAAUUUCGGGGAGUUCCUCCACCGUUAUUUUGACAGUUCGGCCCCAAAGCGGAGGAUUCUUCGUGCCGGGAGUGAGGGAGAAAGUGUGAAGUGGCCCCAGGGCAGAAGAAUAUAAAACAACGUUAGUGCGAGUGAGACAACCAGUGCAACAGCCAGUGCGAGAAGAUUUGCGCCUACCGGCGUUUUUGUAGUCAAUGCACAAACCCUUGGUGGCGACACCUGGGGGUUCAACCGUGGUGCUAAAGGAGAGGGAGCUGGCAACCUGGUAGCCGAGACACCGACCACAAGCAGUGACACCUGGUUUUCCAAUUCGGUAUCAUCUCGGCUUCGGAUUCGGUCGACACCACCGCCUAGCCGGGACAAAAACCAAGUGGUGAGUUUUUAGGUAGGAUUUAGUUUAAAAAUUGACGUAUAGAGAGCGCGUCACACAGUAAAGUGACGUCGCCCGCCUGGCCA